AAGAGGUGUUAACUUCUGAAUUAAACGACACACCGUUUUUAUCAAUGGUGAAGGGGUUGCACGGCCAGAAUCUCCCCGCCGAUGUGGCGCAGGUCGUUGAUCAGUUGGAGCGCCACUGCUUGGCUCCCGAUGGAUCUCUCAUCUCCAAGCCUCUCUACAACGAUUUCCAACUCGCCAGAGAGGAAAUGUGCAGGGAAAGACUGCGUCACCUGGAAGCCAUGGCUAUAUAUUCUGAGGCCAUUGCAAUGGUGGAAGAGUAUCAGCAAGCCAUUUCUGUGUCUAACAUCGGUGCAAUUAGAGAUACCGGCAGUCUUUAUCCCCAGCUUGGAUUGAGGAACUCUCCUCAGGUUUAUCAGACUUUAGAGCAUCAAAUGGUUGUGGCUGAAGCUGCUCAGCGAUUGAGACUACCUCUUAUCUCCAAAGAUGGAGAAGUUCGUGAUGAAGAUAUUGAAAAACUGAGUGUAGUGUCUCGAAGCUCCCUUGACAGUACUAGCACCAGUGCCAUGAUCAACUCAAGCAUGAAUUCUACUAAUUAUACCACUCCUAACAGCUCUGUUAGCGGGGCCAAUUAUUCUCUCGCUUCCGCGGAUCCAGCAGAACCUGGAGUUGGUGGUGUCCCUGAUCGUUUUCUUGGUAUUACACCUGCAUAUUUGUGGCAAACCCAGCAUCAACAAACUCCAUUAUCUGUGGAUAUGACAGAAUAUCGCAUGUCUCUCUCACGUGAGGUGGAGGCUCGCUUGAAAAUGAAAUGUGAUAAGUUAGAUGCAUUUGUAUUGGAUGACAAUGAUUCUUCAUCACCUGGAAGUCAAAGUUCAAGUUCUCGACUUCCCGAAAGGGUGAAAUUAUUGAUUGAGGAGAUUGAAAGAGAAGAAACAGCACUACGGGAUGACCUUUAUUCUGCUGAUAGAAAAUUUGCUGAAUAUUAUAAUGUCUUGGAGCAGAUUCUUGGAGUGCUUAUUAAACUUGUCAAAGAUUUGAAAUUGGACCAUCAACAUAAAUAUGAUGAGCUGCAGAAGACAUGGCUCUGUAAAAGGUGUGAGACCAUGAGUGCAAAAUUGAGGGUUCUGGAACAUGUUCUACUACUGGAAACUUACACUAAGGACUCUAUACCUGCCCUUCAUAAGAUAAGGAAGUAUCUUGUUGAGGCCACUGAAGAAGCUUCUAUUCAAUAUAAUAAAGCGGUUACUCGCCUGCGUGAGUACCAGGGUGUUGAUCCUCACUUUGACAACAUUGCGGGACAGUACCAUGAUAUUGUAAAGAAAUUGGAGAAUAUGCAGUGGACAAUCCAUCAAGUUGAAAUGGAUCUGAAACGUUUGCCAGAUAACCCAAGCACAUAGAAGUUUUAUUUUUUGUCCCCUUAACACUAGUUUGGUUCAGCAUAUACAAAGGAGGGAAUGGAUCCUGUUAAAUUCUCAUGUGACUUUUUGUGUGUGAAAAUUUUGUGUUCGUCCCUCUCGUAAUAGGUUUUCACAAAUUAAAGGAAUCUUCCCUUAACACUGCAUUCUUUAUGUCACUCGCUAAUGAUUAUGAAAGUUGUGAAAUCUUCAAAGUUCAAUCUAUGUGCUUGUUUAAGUAUUUUAUGAAGAUUUGAGAUUUGAGUGUUGGUUGUUGUAGACUCUGGAGUGUAUAUUUAUUAGGCUACAA